AUGGUUCAAACGCUUGCACCCGUGCUAACCGAUGUAGCCACCGACGUCUACUGCCACAAUGCCGAUCCUCUUCACGGAACACUGCCAUGCCAGGCUGGUUAUGGCUCUUGCGCAAUCACCGGCUCCCCAUCCUGUGCACAGGGCAGCGGAAGCUCCAAAGGAAGAACCAUCGGAUACUACCAGUCAUGGAAUGCUAGGACCCGACUUUGCAACAGGGUCACGCCGAAGCAGCUUGACACGAAAGGCUACACUCAUCUGUUCUUUUCGUUCGCUUUCAUUGAUCCAGCUGCGUUCACCAUAGCCACGGCGCACCCUGACGAUGUUACGCUGAUGAAAGAGUUUACGGACCUCUCCAAAGAUGGAAAUCUACAGACUUGGAUCGCCAUCGGAGGCUUUGACAUGAGCAAUCCGGAAGCCGCAACGCAUAAGACUUGGAGUGAGAUGGUAGCAUCCAAAGAGAACAGAGCUGCUUUCAUUGCUUCUGUCAAGACCUACAUGGAUACACACGGGUUCCAAGGAGUCGACCUUGAUUGGGAGUACCCUGGCGCACCUGAACGAGGCGGUAAUAAGCUUGCUGAUACCAGGAAUCUCGCCCUUCUGGUUAAAGAGAUGCGGGCUGCGUACGGCACCGCCUAUGGAAUUAGUCUUACGUUAGCUCCUGACUACUGGUAUCUGAGGUGGUUUGAUGCAAAGGCUAUGGAGCCUUACGUCGACUUCUUUGGCUUCAUGGCAUAUGAUCUGCAUGGCUCUUGGGACGCCGAUGUCCUGGCUCUUGGCAAGAAGGUUCGAGGCCAAGCCGAUAUACAGGAGAUCUCCAAGAAUACCGUGCCUCUUUGGUUCGACGGCCUGAAUCCCGCAAAGCUCAACUUCGGCCUUGCUAUGUACGGCCGUGGCUACACGCUUGCGGACCCUUCCUGCAGCGAUCUUCUCUGUCCGUUUUCGGGUCCAAGCAACCCAGCUCCAUGUACCAACUUCGGAGGUGUUAUGUCCUUGGUCGAGAUUGAGCAGCUAAUCAAGCGGCGCAACAUCAAGCCAAAGUAUCUUGCAGACUCGAUGAUGAAGCAGAUUACCUGGGACGAUCAGUGGAUUGGAUACGACGACGAAGAGACAUUUGCAGCAAAGAGGGCAUUUGCUGAUGGCCUUUGCUUCGGUGGCACCAUGAUUUGGUCUAUUGAUUUCCAAGUUCCUGGCUCAGGAGGGCAAAUUCCGCCCAUCGUAACCCAGUCGAUGGACUACUAUAAUGUUAACGUCACCUCCGGUCAAAUUGACUCCAGCACAAUCGUACCUUUGCCCAGCAUCAGCAUCCCGCCUAUUGUCACGACCUUCACUCUUCCAGGAGGUCUGACUCAGGUUAGGACUCUAGUGAUCCCUCCUUGGCCCUCUGUCACAGAAGGUCCUCCCGCUCAAUGGACUUCAAAGGAUCCAAGCCAAGGGCAAUCAGGUUUUCCCAUCAUCACUGUCCCGCCAGCAGGACCGCCCACAAUAACCGAGCUCCCUUCCACCAGCAAAACACCGUUCACAUGGGACACAGAUGAUGGUCCUGAGCCCACAGGUACAUGGCCCGAAGUGAUUUCGGUCGUGCCGGUCAAGACCGACGUGCCCAACAGUGGUGAAGAUGACGAUGGAGAAGGCCCCAAACACAAGAGCACCUAUAUGCGUUAA